GCUUGGCCUAGACAGUAGGCAGUAGGCACCUGGUUGCGAGAGCGUGACACCAUUGCGAAUAAAUUGUUUAUCUCUUUAAGCCGAUUCCACAUCUUUCUGUCAAUCUGCCCUUUUUCUUUUAUUUUCUUUUCUUCCACACCUCAAAUCCUCUUCAAUGGGAAUAGGGUUUCAGUAAUUAAGCAUCUGCUCCCCUAGGAAUAGCUAAGUUCAACAAGCCUUCAAGGCGUGGAGUGAGAUAGGUAAACACAAUUCUUCACUAAAAGUCUUCUUCUUUCUCAAAAUUUCAAUUGCCCACACUAGAAUUUCUGUGUUUUCUGUGAAAUCCAAGCAAGCUGGGGGUUUUCCUGUCUUUAAUAGUAGAUUGGAUUGCAUAUCUGGCAUCAAGAUUUGAUUUUUGUUUUCUUUUCUUUGAUAUUAGUGCUCAAAUUCAAUUGGGUUUUCUGUAAGUUCCAUGAAAUGUGGGUCAAUUUCUUGUUAACCUGGAUAUAUGGAACUGGCACUUAGUAGAAAUAGAAGAUAAAAUUUUGUUUGAUUGAAGAUAGUUAGUUGAGCAAAGUGAUGAUCUUGUGGAUUCCCAGAGUGCUAAAAUGCCUUGGCUUCAACCUCAAUUAAACCAAAAAGAUGUUCUUUUGAACCCUUCUGUUCAGCCACUCCCAAUUUAUUUUUCCCAGAAAGAAUCAACUCCCCCAACAGUAACACCAUCAUCCUCUUCUGGGAGUAAAAUCAGCCCAGGUGUUCUUUUCUUCAUAGUUAUACUAGCUGUGAUAUUCUUUAUCUCUGGUGUUCUCCACUUGUUGCUUAGGUUUUUGAUGAAACAUAGGCCCUCUUUGUCUUUCUCCCAAUCCAGUAGAACAACCCAAGAAAUCCCAAACUCUGGUGCUGUCCAAAGGCAGCUACAACAGCUAUUCCACCUCCACGACUCGGGUUUGGACCAGGCGUUUAUCGAUGCCCUCCCCGUGUUCUCCUACAAGGAUAUAAUGGGGGGUUUGAAAGAGCCCUUUGAUUGUGCUGUGUGUCUGUGUGAAUUCUCGGAUCAAGACGGGUUGAGGCUGCUGCCCCUGUGUGGCCACGCCUUCCACAUUGAUUGCAUAGACACGUGGUUGUUGUCGAACUCGACUUGCCCGCUUUGUAGAGGCAUUCUUUUCGCUCCCGAUUUCUGCAUUGAGAACCCGGUUUUCUACUUCGAUGACUCGCGAGAUGAGGAUGGGGUUCCCGGGACAGGGAGUGCUGGCAUUGCAGUUUCCUCGGGUUCUAAGCCCGGGGAAGAUGACAAUGUCAAUGCUGUUCUGACCGAGAAGAGGGUUUUCUCGGUGAGGCUCGGGAAAUUCAGGACUACAAACAAUGUUGAGGUUCAAGAAAAGGAAAUUGGAGAGACCAGCAAUAGUAAUUUGGAUGCAAGAAGGUGUUUUUCGAUGGGUUCUUUCCAAUACGUGGUGGGCGAUUCCGAGCUGCAAGUCACCCUCGGCCCUGGUGGCGGUGCUGGUGGAGGAAACCGCCAGCUGAAGGCGGGGCGGGGGAGGGGUGGAGGGCAGAAUGGGAAUUUCACAAGUGAGGGGGAUAGUGAUGGGAAGAAGAUUAUUAACAUGAGAAGUAAAGGUGAGAGCUUCUCUGUUUCAAAGAUAUGGUUGUGGUCCAAGAAGGACAAAUUCCCCACUUCUGCAAAUACUCACAUUUCUACUUCAAUUAAUACUACAAAUUUGCCUUGGACUCAUAGACUUGAAGCCCCAUGAAAAACUUUUUACUUGUAAUUUCAUAUUAACUUCAUUUAAUUAUUCAAUUUCCAGAAAUCUUUCUAAA